AACUCACCCAUAUAUAUAUCAGCUUCAAGCCCCAAAUCCUUACAAAUUUUCUGCGCAAUCGAUUUAUGUGCCUCUUUAUUCUCUCUUUGCCAACACCGACACAAAUCGAGGAUAUGAGUUCCGACGGGAAGGACUACGGCACCAGAUUGCCGCCGUCGCAGUCCUCUCUCUGCGAGAACGGCUGUGGCUUCUUCGGCACGGCGGCGAUGAAGGGACUGUGCUCCAAGUGCUACCGAGAUCUACGCGUGAAGGAAGAGCGAGAGGCGCUGGCCAAGCUCGCGCUGAAUACGUCUGCUAAUCUGCGUGUAGGAAUCGGUUCUUCGGCGUCGAAUCCGUCUCAGCCGGCGGUUAGCGGUGGAGAGGCGGCGGCGCCGCCCGCACCGAGUAGGUGCUGGAGUUGUAAGAAGAAGGUGGGACUUAUGGAAUUCAAGUGUAGAUGCGGUUGUACCUUCUGCCGGGUCCACAGGUACCCGGAGAAGCAUGAUUGUACCUUUGACUUAAAGGGUCAAGGACGGGAUGCCAUCGCCAAGGCUAAUCCUGUAAUCAAGGGCGAUAAAAUUGAGAGAUUCUGAAAUUCAAAA